AUAGAUCAGAUCGCUCGACCGCUCGGGAAGACGCGCGCGAACGACCAGGAGAAGGUGAAGUGGCUCAUGGAAUCGAUCGCGGACGUCGGGCUUCAAGAGCCGAUCGACGUCUUAGAGGUGGACGGGAAGUACUACGGCUUCAGCGGGUGUCAUCGCUUCGAAGCGCACGUCAAGCUCGGCAGGGAGACGAUCGAGUGUCGCGUGUUGAAGGCCACGCGCGCCACGCUGCAGAUGCACCUUCGAUGA